AAACAAGAAAGAAAAUUUAUUAAACAUAACAUUAUUUAAUAUUGGCGUCAAACAAUCAUUAAAAGAUAUAAUUGAAAUGAUGAAAAUUUAUAAUCCAUAUCUACGUAUAUUUAUUCGUUUAUAUGGAACAAUCGGUUUACAGUUAUCACCAAUAUGUUGGAAUGAUUGGCGUUCGAUCAUUACAUUGAUGAUAAACAUUUCAUUGAAUAUUAUUACUUAUUGGGGAAUAUUUAUUGAUUCACCGGUUGCUGAUCAAUUCGAAUCGAAAACAGAAUCAAAUAACCUAUUUAGAUAUUUUCAAAAAGCCAAUUUCUAUGCAUUUUAUCCAUUACUUUAUGCCGGUUCAAUCAUCAGUUAUUUGAUCUAUGGACAUCGUAUUAUUGCCUCACUUGAUUCGAAUGCAUUCAUCAAAGUUUAUAAUUAUAAACGAAAUCGUUUGAAAGCCAUAUUUAUAUUUGUGUUCGUAUUAAUUUUCUGGUAUCAAAGAUUCAUUAUUCGUGAAUAUCGUUAUCUAUCUAUGCCAUCAUUUUUAGUUAGAUUUCGAUCAUUAAAAUUAUUGACCGGAAUGUUUAUAUAUCAUGCUUCACAAUUGAUCAAUUGGUAUCUACUUUUUUACUAUCAACUCAAUACAUUUUUUACACUCAAACAAAUUGUCAAGAAAUUUCGACCCGAUAAAGGAAUGACAAAUAGUUUUUCAAUUGAACAACGAUUAUAUCAUUCAAUAAUUUUGUUAUCCGAACAAAUUCGUUAUCUUCAAUAUUAUUUUUCUCAUAUAAUUUUAUUCAUUUUAAUUGAAUUAUCGGAUUCUAUUAUCGGUGGUUUAUGUUUUGUAAUGAUGGAAUCAUUUGGUACCGGUAUUGGUUGGAUGUCUUUAUAUGAACAAAGUAUUCGUUAUGGUUUAUUUUUAGCAUUGAUCGAAUUGAAUCGUCAAAAUCUUAAACUUUUCAAUUAUAUUGAUCAUCAUUUUAUACGAAAAUUUACCACCAUACAAAUGUUGCUGAAAAUUAAUGGUCGCCAUAAUGAUGAUAAUGGAAUAGCACGUUAUACAAAAUAUAAUCAACUAAAAAUCUAUCGACAAUAUUAUUCAUUAUCAUUAUUUAAUUGGUUAAAUGUUGAUAUUACAUUAUUGAUUAAUAUAUUUUUCUUUUCAUUUGGUUAUGUAUUGAUUAUUUCGCAAACAGCCAAUUGAUUUUUUUUUGUUGUUGUAUUUUGUAAAUAAUUGAUCGAUUUACUUUCCUAUUUA